AUGGACAAGAUCCUGGCUUUCUCCAUCCUCAGCUCGUCGCCGGCAGAGAUUGCUGGGGUCGGGUACGCCACGCGACUGUCCUGGCGGAGCGGCGGAGGGAAGCAGGCGAUGGAGAAGAAGCAGCAGGAGGACAAGGUCGAGCGGAGCCCACGGCCGGAGAGGAAGCCGGAGGCCAGCCCGGCACGGUUUGCGCCGGAGUUCGACGGCCUCAACUGCUUCGAGUACAUAGUAUCCCCUUGA